UCAUUGACGAAGGGGCAUCUAGUUGCUUCCUAGACAGGCAGAGCUUCGAAUAUGUGAUUGGGCGAAAGGAAAAGUUAACCUUACUAGCUCCGCCCGGUAUUGCUGUGACCCGGAAGUAGCCGCACAUGGUGUGCUGAGUGUGUGGCUCGGGUCUUGGGGGCUCUUCAAGAUAACAUCUUCCUGAUCCAGAAUGGUCUUUGCUGGAAUCCGGAGUCUGGUCUCUGCACCCUGGACAUGGGGAUCCUCCUUCUUUCGGACAGUUGUACCAAAUUACUCCGCUCUUCCACUUAUAGCGUCCCGAAGCAUGGCCACCCUGAAUCAGAUGCAUCGAGCUGGCAAACCCAAGCGUCCUCCUCCCAAAGUAGGACCUUUAGGUGGCUGUCCUCAGCUGAAGGGCGUUGUACUGAAGACCAUGAUCCGCAAACCCAAGAAACCCAACUCCGCAAACCGCAAGUGUGCCCGUGUGCGGCUUAGCAGCGGCAAAGAAGUGGUGGUUUUUAUUCCAGGCGAAGGACAUAAUCUGCAGGAACACAGCAUUGUCCUGGUGGAAGGUGGCCGCACACAGGACCUUCCCGGGGUGAAACUCAAAGUGGUGCGGGGAAAAUAUGACUGUGCCCAUGUGAAGAAAAAGUAGUAAGGGACAUUGGGCAACCUGUCAUUAAUUCUUCACCAAUUCCUGAGCCAGAGGGGUAUACAUCAACUCAUACAGCAAGGGGGCUUAUUUGGGGUCUUCCAGUGGCAUCCUUGUGUCUCCACCACUAAAAUUUCUCUCAGCCAGUUAUUUUGUGUUCCUUGGAGUCUCACUUUUGGUGAUGCAAUCUCUGAGAAUAAGAAUAAAACCUACUAGAAGUAGCAAGACUCUUAUAAUGGUUGCAGAAGAUGGGAAAAUCUGCUGUAGAGAUCUGACCUCUGGAACUACUAGAGAUAGUAGGAGGCUGAUGGGAUUAUUCAACCCACCUACAUCCAUCCAAGAUCAGUUAUGGACGAAGUGGCCCUUAGGGUUUUAUGGACUUCAGGAUUCGGUCUCUUGUGCACUUCUGUUUUCAAGGAAAUUUCUGCUAUUAAAAUAUUUGUAUUUUGUAAAUGUAUUUUAUUUCAAACGCACAUUUUUGGGGGAAGCAACAUAUAUUUUGGGAAUAUGAUGGUGUAUUUGGAAAUUCACUUUCCCUAUGUUUCCAGUAUGGUGCUAUGUUGCCUAGCACUACCACCUUACAGUAUCGGUGUCAUUUUUAUCAGCAAUGUAACAUGGUUAUAUGUAGAGUUGAGCGGACACCUGGAUGUUCGGGUUCGGGUCCGAACC